AUUAAAAACGCUCAACACAACGCAACACCUUGUAUCUGAACAACGUGCUCAUCCUUGAAUUCAAUCAAUCACGUAUUUACUUUCUAUAAAUUCGAUUUUGGACGUGUGCAUUAAACUCCCAAAUAAAGAAAAUAUGGAUUAAAAGACCCGCGAAAUCCUUAUUUUCAUUUUCUUUUUGGCGCUUACAUUUUCCUUUGGUGGUUCAGUGAUACAGUUUCCAGAUCCUCCAAAAUGAAAAAUGAUAAGGAAGAGCCAUCAUCUAGUGCUGAACAAAAACAGGCCAUUGACUUGAUUUCAGCAGUGAAGGAGUUUCAUGGGUUUAGCUCUCAGGAGCUUAACAAAUUACUAAGAGACACUGAAAAUUUCAUCAUUCAAUGCCAUACUGAGAAAGGAUCACCAAUAAAGAUUGAUAUGGAAAAAGUUGCUAGCUUUCUUCCUUUACACCUAAUUGCAGUGCUUAUAUCAUCUGAUAGAGAUGAAGCAUUAUUCAGAUAUAUAUUACGUGGUAUUCGGCUUAUGCAUUCCUUGUGUGAUCUUGCUCCUCGGCAUGUUAAACUUGAGCAGAUUUUGCUUGAUGAUGUAAAAGUUUCUGAGCAGCUACUUGACUUGGUGUUCUAUACGCUGAUUGUUCUCGGUCAUUAUAGUCAGGAGUACCACAAUUCAAGCCCCAUACUCCUCAUGCAUUCAACAUUGGUAGCAUGCAGUCUAUAUUUACUAACAGGAUGUAUAUCUACACAAUGGCAAGAUCUUGUUCAAGUAUUACUUGCACACCCUAAGGUUGACAUAUUUAUGGAUGCAGCUUUUGGAGCGGUACAUGUAAUUGUCAUGUUUCUCCAAAUAAAGUUGUCUGAUCAACUCACGGAUGAGCAAGUGGUUAACUAUAUCUGCCAGCAAUGCGAGGCUUCUUUACAGUUUCUUCAGUCAUUGUGCCAACAGAAAAGUUUUAGGGAGCACCUACUCAGGAAUAAGGAAUUAUGUGGCAAGGGUGGUGUGCUUUUUCUUGCACAAUCCAUCUUGAAAUUAAACAUCUUGCCGCCUUUUGUAGAGUCUUCUACAGUUGUGGCUUCUGUUUCCAGGCUGAAAGCUAAAGUCUUAUCUAUCCUGUUGCACUUAUGCGAAGCAGAAAGCAUUUCUUACCUGGAUGAGGUUGCCAGCUCCCCUGGAAGCCUGGAUUUAGCAAAAUCUGUUGCUUUGGAGGUGCUGGACUUAUUAAAGACUGCACUUAUUAAAGAUCCGAAACAUCCUAGCUCUUGUUCUGAAAGAACCUAUCCAAUGGGGCUCUUGCAACUUAAUGCAAUGCGUCUAGCUGAUAUUUUCUCAGAUGAUUCAAAUUUUCGUUCAUACAUUACUAUGUGCUUUACUGAGGUUCUGAGUGCAAUAUUUUCACUAUCUCAUGGAGAUUUUCUACUUGUUUGGUGUUCUUCUGAAUUCCCUGUAAGAGAAGAAGAUGCAACUGUGGAGUAUGAACCAUUUGCAGCAACUGGAUGGGUGUUGGAUACAGUUUCAUCGUUGAACAAGUCAGAUGCAACGAAAGUAGAAUUUUCAUUAAUCCCCAAUAGUAUGCCCCAGGCUUCCUAUGCUCAUCAAAGAACGUCUUUAUUUGUCAAAAUAAUUGCAAAUCUUCACUGUUUUGUUCCCAACAUCUGUGAAGAGCAGGAGAGAAAUCUCUUUCUUAACAAGUUUUUGUUUUGCUUACGGAUGGAUCCAUCUAAAGUGUUGCCUGGAUUUUUAUUUACCUCUGGUGCACAGAAAACUGCCACUGUCUGCAGGAACCUGCGUUCAUUGUUAAGCCAUGCAGAAUCACUAAUUCCCACAUUUUUGAAUGAGGAGGAUGUGCAGCUCUUAAGGGUGUUCUUUAAGCAAUUAGAAUCAUUAAUAAAUUCUGCUGGGCUUGAAGAAGAUAGAGUUCAAGGAAGCAAAUGUGAGGAAUCACUUUCUUGUGACAAGUUCUCUAAACUCAAUAUCAAUGAGAAUCAUCAGGAAGAACAGAGUACAGGAGGAUCCCCAUCGCUUUUACAAAGGAAAGAACCUCCCAAUCUUAAUAAUGCAAACAGUAAUCUGAGAGAGGAAAUGUCAGAAAAUUCCGGGUUUCAGGCAGAGGAGAAAUUUGAUGUCAGAAGCAACCUUAUGGAUCAAGGGGAUGAUGUAAUGACACAAGAUAGCAAGGAAGAUAAAGAUAAACCAGGUGUGCCUGGAGGCUUGAGGGAGAAAGACAAAGAUGUUCAGAUUGUUGUUAGUAGUGGUUCAGAUACAAGUCCCACGGGAGGAAAGAAUUUUGUUGAUCAAAUGGACAGUGGUCAGUUUCCAAAAGGAAAUGAGCCAAUCAAAGAAAUUGGGUUUGGAGGAGUUCAAGAGAUAGAAAAAGUUGAAGCUGUCCAGGGUGAAGAAAAACAGCAGAGAAAACGUAAACGAACUAUAAUGAAUGAUAACCAAAUAUCACUUAUUGAGAGGGCCCUAUUGGAUGAACCUGAUAUGCAGCGAAAUACAGUUUCAAUUCGGUCAUGGGCUGAUAAAUUAAGUCAUUAUGGUUCUGAGGUUACAUCUUCGCAGCUUAAAAACUGGUUGAAUAAUCGGAAAGCAAGGCUAGCCCGUGCGAAUAAGGAUACUCGUGCACCUUUAGGGGCUGAUACUUCUUUUCCUGGAAAGCAAGUUGCAGGAGGACAGAGGCAAAUACACGACUCACCUGGUAGUCCUGGAGAAGAUCAUCUCCAAUCAAAUGUAAGAGGCACUCGAAGUACAUUUAGACAAUCUCCCGUACCGGAAUCCAGUGAGUCAAAGGUAGGUCAGCAUGUUGUGCUUUUAGACGGGAAAAGAGAAGAGGUUGGUAAGGGAAUAGUAAAUCAAGUGCAUGGUAAAUGGUACGGAAAAGAGCUGGAGGAAUCAGGGACAUGUGUUGUGGAUGUAGUUGAGUUCAAGGCUGAUAAAUGGAGUAUGCUUCCAUACCCAUUGGAAGACACAGGUUCCACAUUCGGUGAGACUGAAGAAAUCCCUGGGGUAAAGAAAGUUUUGUGGGAUUGCAACAAAAUGUAUCACUGGCGUGCUCGAUAAAACAUAAUCUGAUGCUAGAAGUAGCUGUGUAGCUAGGUUUUCUUUUCUUUUAGUUGAAAGCUGUAAAAUGUGUAGCCCCCGGUAGUUAUUUAUCUUUUAGACAGUAAUCAAUUGUAGCCACUCCCCGAUUUUUAAUUAUUUGAUUUUUUUUUCCCUA